AUGACCGACAGCAAGUAUCCAUCCGCGCAGCAGGCACACCAAUGGAAGAAACAAUCUCAGCUACGAUCAUCAUCGUCUUUGGCAGAUGAUGAGUUGGACAACAAUAAUGCUGAGACUUCCAACCACAAUUAUUUUGCCGCUCCUGUCUUGGCGGAUAAUACUGUGAAAGAAGAAGAAGAAGAAGAAGUAAAAUCAUUGGAGCUUCAAGCAUCGUCACCACAUUUAUUUUCGGCAGGCUUGGUGGCAGAUGUCCAAUACGCGCCGAUACCCGAUGGAUAUAGUUUCUCAGGAAACCCACGGUAUUAUCAAUAUGCCUUGGACGUGGCCAAGCAUGCUUUUGCGCAUUUUAAUCAAGAUGCGAAUAUUGAUGAUGAUGAUGAUGAUGGUCAUCCACAUGCAAUUGAAUUGGUUCUCAACUUGGGUGAUACCAUUGAUGGAAAGUGCCAAGACCUAGCACAAUAUGACGGAGACCCAGAAGUCAUUUCAGAAGCUGGCGAUGAUCCAGGAAUGUAUGCCAUGAACCAUGUGUUGGAUGCCAUGGCACAGUAUACCAAGGGCCCGAUUUUGCAUACCUACGGAAACCAUUGUCUUUACAAUAUGGAUCGCAAACAACUGCAAGACAAACUUGGAAUUCCCUUUGUGAAAGAACCAAAAAUUGGCAACCAAGAAGGUGACGAUGAUGGGCAUGAACUGGUGGGAUAUUAUUCCCAUCUCCACAAGGGAAUUCGAUUUAUCACGGUGGAUUCCUAUGAUGUAGGUAUGCUGCAACGGUGCCCUAACACUUCCGAGAAACGAAAACAGGCUGAAUCCAUUUUACGGCAACACAAUCCCAAUUAUUUUAAGGAUGAUCAAAUGAAUUCACCUGAGGGUAUGGUAGACCUAGAAAAGCGCUUUGUUGGAUUCAAUGGUGCUGCCGGAGAGAUCCAAUUGAAAUGGCUAGCAGAGACAUUAGAAGAUGCUCGACAAGCCAAGGAAAAGGUUAUCAUUUUGUCUCAUCAACCGAUAUUCCCAGGGUCAUCCAAUGUUGUAUGUCUCAUGUGGAACUAUGAUGAAGUCUUGUCCGUGCUUCGAAAGUUCUCGGAUAUCGUGGUGGCAAGCUUAUCGGGACAUGCUCACAAGGGUGGAUAUAACCGAGAUCCGGAGAGUGGGAUUCACUUUCGUGUCGUCGAAGCAGUUUUAGAAAAUAAGCCAGAGAAGACCUAUGCCAUUGUCAAUGUCCACGAGAACGAAUUGGUCAUACGUGGGUUUGGAAAUUGUCAAUCCGCAGUCUACGAUUUUAAACAUCUAUCAGGCAAGUGGACACCACCACUAGAAUCUGAAUCUCAUUCUAGCGCUACCGAUAGUGCAAGCAUCCCAUCCGAGCAGACGCAACAAUCCAAGUGA